UCCAAGCUAAGAUAACUACAGAAAUGGCUGGUCCUCACUACAAAUGGAAAUGGUAGUCACUCCAAAAUACAUCCUGGAAUAAUUGUGUUCCUGGAACCAAAUCUUAUGAAGUCUCCCAGGAUGAAAGUUUCUGCGAAGGCAGCCUGGCCACCACUCUGGCUCUUCCUAGCCUCCGUGCUAAUGGUCUGCUGUGAGCUGAUGGCCGCUCCCAGCCCACACCCCCGGGGACGCACAGGUCAGCAUCAAGUCCAGCAGGGGACCUGUGAGGUGGUGGCGUGCUGUAACAGAAACCACAUAGAAGAGCGAUCACAAACAGUCAAGUGUUCAUGCUUCCCGGGACAGGUGGCCGGCACCACUCGGGCUCAGCCUUCCUGUGUUGAAGCUUCCAUCGUGGUUCAGAAGUGGUGGUGUCACAUGGAUCCCUGUUUGGAAGGAGAGGACUGCAAAGUGCUUCCAGAUGACUCAGGUUGGGCCUGUAGCAGUGGCAAUAAAGUCAAAACUACAAAGGUCACCCGGUAGCAAAGGGAGGUGCUUCCAUCUCGGAGGAGCCACAGCAGGCAGAGCUUCUUGCCUGGAUCACUGUCCUGGCCUCCUGUGGGACACUGUCUUGGAUUUCGGCGACUUCAUCUGGGCCUAUGUGUGCUGCGAGGAGUGCACUCAGCUUCCUGCCCCUGCCCCCUCUCUGCUUCAUCGUUUUGUCACAUUGAAUUGUGACAUUGAAUUGUGGCAGGGGCUGCUGCACAGUGACAGCCUGCUGGCGCUCUGGAGCGUACCUCCACAGAGCUGGGGGAACGAGGAAUGCACAGCCGGGAAUGGGCCGCCCCGGGAGGACAGCCGCCUUUACAAAGGAGUGUGGAUAUAGGGUCCACUCCGCCUCCUCUCUCCUCUGACCUGUUCCAUUAGCCCUUGCAUUAAAGUGCUUUGAAAGGGAUCAAAGUAACAAAACCUAUUUGCAGAUGUAGUUAAUAAACGCGGACUCAUUAGUGACGAAGAUUUAUUUUAUAAACCUUGAAGAAUAGCAGGACUUGCUGGGAUUAUUGUGUGUGCAUUUUGUUUUUGCUUUUGAUGAUUGAAAUUGUUUCUGUUUUAAGUGAGAUGUGCAGAACUGAAAUGUGGUAUUUUAACUGCAGGGCACCGUUGUGCUGAGUGCUAAGGAAGCAUAGCGACUCUGAUGUUUUAUUGCCAAAACUUUGUCUUGAGAUAUUCACAGAAGAAAGAAAACCCCCUGGGCUUUGUAUGGCUAAUGUGUACUCACAGGGGUAAACCACUUAAAAUGUGAAAUAGGCUUAGCUGGUGUGGCCAGUGGUUGGGCAUCGACCUAUGAACCAGGAGAUCAUAAUUCGGUUCCCGGUCAGGGCACAUGCCCAGGUUG